AUGUGGCAAAACUUGACGCUCAAACCUCUUGAACGCCAGCUUAAUGACACCAUCCUCGAACAACAUGAAAAUUCUGCUACCACCAAACAGGGGUACAACUCGAUUUCACUUCAGCAAGAGCUGGCAAAGUACUGUCGUCGGGUAUUCGAAGAUGAAAUCUAUCGGGAAGGGCUUGUGAAUGAUGCCAUAAGCGCCCUUCGCUCGGGAAAUUCAAACGUUUGCUUCAUGGCACUGCGAUCACUCUACAUUGACGUCAAACAAGCCGUAGCAGCUUCGUCCGAGGAAUUCGUGUUCGGCUUGUCGCUCGCUUCCUGGCCGAUGCGCCCGAAACUGUGCCGAGAAGCUAGCGGGUGCACCACGGUAAAACUCGGUCCGGCGUAG